AUAUAUAUAUAUAUAUAUUUUUAAAGCCAACUAUUUUUCGUAAUUUAUCGUGAUUGUUUUGGGGUGUCAUUUAGGAUUGCUGUGAUUGAAAAAAAAAAUUUAAAAAUUUUUUUUCUAUAUUUUUUUUGGCCUAUAAUAGUGUUGGUGCCAAUGCCUUGAUUAUCAAAGGGUUUUUGAAAAAUGAUUUACCUUUGUUUUAAUCAACUUUUUAUCUUUCUUGUAACAACUCCUUACUUUUCCCAAAUCAAAAUGACACCCCUUACCCUUCAUAAAAGAGCAUUACUCGUUGCAUUACUCAUUGGGUCUGCUCACACUGUUCGGCGGCUAUCUCCUCAUUGGCACUCUUCGGCAGCUAUCUCCUCCUUGCCACUCUUCGGCAGCUAUCUCCUCCUAGCCACUCUUCGUUUCAACCCACUCUGUUAAUCUGAACUAUGGAAAUCAGAGAAGACAUUGGUGAUGAAAGCAGUGGAGGUGGAAGUGGAGUCAACCUUCACAUGCCCCUGUUGGGCCCCUCAACACUUGGAAGCGGAGUUGGAGGUGACCUCCUGCCCCACUCAACACCUGCCCCUGAUCACAUACAAGCUGCACUUCGGCACUUACAAGCUGCACAUGAGCACAUACAAGCUGCACGUGAGCACAUACAAGCUGCAGCUCUUCUUCAACAAGAUGUAGCACAAGAUGCAACUCUUCUUCCACAAGAUAUUCCAGGGCCUGCACCUCCAACUCGUCUUCAAGUGGUUAUUAGGAUUAGCAUGUGGCCAUUGAUGCUGGGUAUGAUUUUUUGUUUAUUAAGUUAUUUCCAACAUAGUUUCAUAGACAUAUAUGAUCAAAGAAGGUUAUCACGAUUUGCCUUUUCACUUUCCCUCACAGCACAAAUGACGUCAACUGUGGGAUACGGGGACAUUGUACCCAAUAGUGUUUGGGGUAAAGUUCUAACGUCAUUGUUGAGUUUUUUUCUUAGUGGAGUGUUGAGCUACGUGGGGGAUUUAUUUUUUAUGACUUUAUGUGAUUGUUUUAUCAAAUAUUUGGAACUUAGGUUAGUUCAUUGGUGCAUUAGUGAGCAUAGGUUUAACAGUUAUGUUGGCUUGUUAGAAUUGCUUAUGCCACUAUUUGCACCUAUUUUAUGUGUAGUUGUAGGCAUGUUGGAGUUUCAUAGACUUACAGAAUUUAACUAUUUGGAUUGUUUGUAUCUGUCUGUGAUUACCGUAACAACGCUUGGGUACGGGGACAUUGUCAUUAUGUCGGAGGAUGCAGUAAUUUUUGCUAGUUUUUGGAUAUGGUUGUCGACAAUCAUAUAUGCUAAGUGUACUUACUACUUAAGUUUUAGACUUGCAAGACGUUUGGGAAUAGUUUGAGACUUGAGACCACACAAGUAUAAUACCAUUCUUUUCUAAUUUUGCUUAUUAAGUCUUAUUUUGAAGUA